UCCGAGGCCGAAAGAGACAUCUCGGCGAGCCGUGUCCAGACGCUUCUUCAACCCAGACAGUCAGCGACCUUGGGCCGGAUUGACUGUACCACACCUCGAGACUGCGCCGCUUUUGGACUGCUGAUUUGGGCUAAGGCUAGAUUGGGGACUGCACAAAAGGAGUGAUUUGAACUACGAGCAUCGGACUCGAACGUCCAGCUGCACACGUCAUGGUUGGGAAGAAGUCUGGGCGGGCCCAGCUCAGGGAGGAGGGCCUCGCGCGGACGGAUAACAACCUCGACCUGACAACAUGGCCCCAGGUGAACAUGAUCAACCAGAAGAACUAUUACACCGAAUUCCUGAAGCGCGACGAGCAAUACCUCGCGGUCCGAUACCCACAAGAAGAAGAGCGCGCGCGCAUGGUACGAGAGGCUCGAGACAAGGAUCGCGCGCUGGCUCAAGGAGUAUCUACAGAGACAACGGCUGAAGAGGGGGCGGAUGAGGCUGGCAUGUCAUACUCUAGGGAUGACCCAUCCAGACUCGUCGUUCUCCACGUUGGGAGCCAGAACUUGAGAAUUGGACUGGGUACGGAUGCCUUGCCCAAAUCAAUACCCAUGGUCAUAGCGCGAAGGUGGCAGGAGAACGAGUCCGAGGAGAACGACGGCGAACCGAGCCCCAAGCGGAUGAAGAUAGACGGAGCGGUGCCCGCGGAUGCUCUCCCGGAGAAGUGGUUUGGAGACGAUUUUGCGGAUCAGUACAUGGCCAUGUCCUCCGAGUUAAGAACGAGAAUGCGGUCAAAUAAGCGACGAGUAUUGCCCAAUUCCAAGGACCUUGUCACCAACUUCAACCGCCGCACACCGCCGGAGGUUAUAAGCGAGCACAACGACGUGAACAGGAUUGAAUGGACCGAGCUUCCAAGGGACCCCAAGAAAGCCCCCGAAUACGUUACCGGGCAUGAAGCCCUUCGAAUACCGGAGAAGUCGAAUCCUAGGUAUAAGCUCUUUUGGCCGAUACGCAAUGGAACGUUCAACGAAAGAGACUACACCAAUCGGAACCAGUUGUACCACGACAUAUCGAAGAUCUUCGAGGAAGCCUUCCGAACCCAGCUUGGGAUUACGAAACUGAAGGAGCUCGCCAAUUACAAGUGUGUGUUCAUUAUUCCCGACCUCUACGAGCGCGUCUAUGUGACUAUGAUGCUGGACAUCCUGAUCCGGGAUCUUGGCCUUGGAAAGGUCUGCUUGCAGCAGGAAAGCCUUUCUGCGACGUUUGGGGCCGGAUACGGCAUUGCCUGUGUCGUUGAUAUUGGAGCACAGAAGACAUCCAUCUGCUGCGUGGACGAAGGGCUGUGCAUCGAAGAUUCGCGCGUCAACCUGAAGAUGGGAGGGGCGGAUGUAACGGAGACGUUCAUCAAGAUGAUGCUCUACGGCCAUUUCCCGUACUCGGAUAUGAACCUGAAGCGGAGAUACGACUUCUUGCUCGCUGAGGAGCUCAAGCAGAAGUUCUGCUCGAUGGACGAAGGUUCGGUCACGGUGCAGACGUGGGACUUCCAUUUGCGAGCCUCGGGACAGGAUACGAGGAAAUACACCUUCAAGACCUACGACGAGACUAUGCUCUCUGCGAUGGGUCUGUUCAAGCCAUCAAUAUUUGAUCACUCGCGGAAGUUGGAGGGCCGUCGAAAGGUUGUUCCCCGCUCCGUAGAUCUUUACGACGGAUCUCCCAACGAUCCUAUUUCCCAAGCCCAGAUCACUGUCUUGGACACCGCUGGCGGCAAAUCUGCUUCCGUCAACGGCACUCAAGAGCCUGGAGGCACACCGGCCGUGCAGUCAACGCCACAACGGGCCCAGCCAUUCAAUCUCCUCAGCCGCCUCAACGAGAACGAGAACACGCCCCGCUCCUCCGUAGCAGGAUCCCCUGCGCCCGAAGGCACCGGAACACCCAACCCAGACCGCGACACGCCGAUGGGCGACGCCGACCAACCCCUCGUCUUCCGCGACCCCGUCCUCGAAAAGACCAAGCUCGCCGACGAGCGCGACAAAAUCGUCCCCGUCAUGCCACUUGACCAAGCCGUCCUCGAGUCCGUCACGCAAGGCGCGCGCGGCGACGAUCGCAAGCUACGCGACUUCCUCGGCGGCAUUAUGCUCAUCGGCGGCGGCAGUAAGACUCCCGGCCUCGGUGCCUUUCUCGAGACGCGACUUCGCGAGCUGAGGCCGUACUACGGAAAGGAGAUUUUGGUCGGACCGCCGCCGAGGGAGUUCGAUCCGCAGGUGGUGAUCUGGAAGGGCGGGAGCGUGUUUGGGAGACUGAGUCCUGCAGGGAAUGAUAGUUGGAUUAGUAAGACGGAGUAUGAUAUUCUGGGGAGUCGGCUAUUGAAUAACAAGUGUAUGUUUGCUUGGUAGAUUGGAGGGGGGAAGGCAGGUAUUUCGAGGAGGACGGUUGUGAGGGGAGACGCGGGAGGCUGCGGGAUGCGCCGGAUACUGAUAGUGGGCCAACUGCCGGCUGCUACCUAUGCGAUGCAAUAGAAUCCUAUUCUUUCGUGCACGGGA